UCCAUCCAUCCUCACUUCCUCCAUCACCACCACUUCAUCCCCCUGCCCCCUUCAUCUCACUCGACAUUUCGACUCCUCAUCCCACUUCAUCCUUCAAUGGCCUAAGUAUGGAACGGUCCAGUCCGCUCUCCCCGCUUCCCGCGGACGAGCUGGCGGCCAAGGCUCGCCGCAAGAAGGUUCGUGUCUUCGCCCAAGACUCCUCAUCAAGCGACGACGCUCCCGUACCAGACACAUCUCCAGGCGACGACACCCAUCCAGGACACUUGCGCAGCUCAUCGUACUCGGGACCGGCGCAGGUGACGCGCCUGCCAUCCAGCGGCAGCAAGCUCGCGCGUGCAUCGACGUUCCGGUCGACCCCGGCGCCGGUAGCCGGACCCAGCACGUAUGGACGGAAGCGCAGCGACUCGAAGCACCAACGCUCGAGUAGCAUACGCACAACUCGCCCGCGCGACAUCGGCUUCUGGCGACCAGAAGAGGACGACAACCAGAACCGCGGGUUCGACUGGGGCUCGGACGAGGAUGACGAUGACUCGCUGGACGGUUCACGCCCCGCCAAGAUUGCCGAUGUUGUGCGACGCACCGCACACACCGACGAGGGGAAGACACUCAUCUUGGCCACGCCACCGCCCGAUGCCGCCGGUCCCGAGACAGAUGAGGGCAAGGAACGGCUUGAAUGGCAGAGCAUGCUGGCGAGUGUCCUCGGCGGCGACAUCCUCAAGGGCGAAAGUAGCCGUAUCGGCGUUGAGCGUCCCAGCAACGAAACGUAUCGCAAAGCACUUGGUCAGAGCCUAUGGUGGCAGCUGCGCGCGCGUCUGCGCAAUCGCAACGAGGAAGAAGAACGGCGGCGUGUCGAGCAGCGACGAUCCAGGGUUGUCGACGUGGUCCUCGAGGAGAUUGAGAACUUCACCGUCAAGCAGGACUCGGAUGUGAGCGCCCUCGACCAGGUCGCGUAUAUCCUCCAGAAGCUCAGCGUCGUAGAGUCCCUGUAUCCGCACCAGCACGCCUUCCGCACCGAUAAGCCACUGUACGACUCGGAGGCGUUCCAACAGCGGAUCGACGCCCUGUCCGCCUGGUACUCGGUCGUCACACAGCUUCAGGCCCAGCUCGCUAUCCUGCAGAAAUGGACUGGAACAGAAGAUUUGGAUAUCACAAGGCCAAGCACAACGAAGGAGAAGGCGCUCGUUGGCAAGUCGACGUUCCACCCUCUCGACGCCAAAGCGCGUGCACAUGCCAAUGAUCUAGCCGCCGACGACUCGACUUUCGUCGACCGCGUCCUCAAGGAGGACUCGUUGCGGCGCACGUUCGAGAAGCGCAUCUUCUUGGAUUUGCUUGCCAUCACGCAGAAUGCGAAGCAGACCGUGAUCGCUCAUUCGCCUUGGCUCGCUGAGCUGAAUCUCCCUGACUUCCAGUACGAACUCCUCCGCAUAAUCUCUUUCCCAGGGCGCCUCAUCACGGAGGCGCUCAAGACACGAUUGCGCGCAGCCGAGCGCUUGACUGAACCCAACGACAUGGUCGUCGACGAUAUGUGCAACAGCUUCCGGUCAUCCGUCUCGCUUUGCAUCAUCAUCCGUCGACAAUACGAGGAGAUUGUCGCGCCAGACCCAGACAAGCGCUGGAGUAUUCCUGACAGCUUCCCGAGCGAGUAUCGCCAGGCCGUCCUACAGUGCAUCAAGAUGUUUUUCAAGCUGUUGCACUGGAAGCUACGGAACGGCAACAAGGCAGUUUACUUCCGGGACACGGACGUUCUAGAGGACGAAUGGGAGUUUCUUUACGACGCCGCGGAGGCGAUCGAGGGCGUUGACCUGGUCGUGGCGGAAAGUCUGUGCAGCCUUACCCAUCGACUCAUGGCCCGCGUCAUUGAGUACUUUGAGGAGCAGUUGCGCAUUCCCGUUCCCCUCGAGGAGUGGUCAACCGUUCAAGCCGAAAUCAAGGCCAAGGAGGAGACGGAAAGGGCCAGGCGCAAGGCGCAAGGGCAGGAGAAUGAGAAGGAGGAGAAGAAGGAUAGGCGCCGACCUAUGAACACGGAGGAGAUGGUCGCGUGGUACGCCAAGAUUCUGGACGCGAUCAAGAUGCGUUAUCGCAAGCUGCAGCGCUUUGCUCGACGAUUGACCCACCGGUUCGACAACUCGGCCGAAUACACGUUUGAGGACGAUGACACGGACCUACUUAUCGAGCGCCUUUACCUGUCAGGUCACUUCCUUGUGUACACUCACACGUAUGAAGAGCAGGGCACUUAUGUCUUCGCGGACGGAUCGCUCUGGGACCGACCGGACGAUGUCAAGCAGCUGCUGCUGCGACCCUUUGCCCUCAACCUCGGCGGCACGACUCAUGGGAGAAAUCUGGAGCCGAACGACGGUCUGGCGAGCGAGGGUGACGAAGACGACGAAGAUGAUGCGCGGUACCUUCUGCUCGUAUCGCCACGCCAGUCGUUCGCUUGGAUGGGCGUGGUUAUGACGCUCGAGAUCCCCAAUCCCAUCGACCUGCGGCUCGAGGACAGCCGCAUUCGCUUGAUCGCGGACGGACCGAUAACGCGUCUCAACUACUGCAAGCUGAGUUUUGCCCGCAACCUCGACGACGUGGAUGUCGAGGGCCAACCUCCUUUCCAGCCGCGGUGCAUCGUUGAGGCGCAAGCCCAUCUACCCAAAGUAAAGAGGGAGCUGAAGCGCAUCGCACGUGCGGCGCACCGAUUAUCCGAGUGGAUCAUUGAGUCGGCUGCGCACGUAAGGAAGGCUUUGCGAGGCAACACCGGCACACAGGACUUGAUCGAAAAUUGGUACGUGUUCGCCAGCGACCACGGACAUCGUGUUGCGGUUCAUAUGGACUCACAAGCGUGGGCACGAUUCUCAAGGCUGCUCAUGAGAUUAGCAAUCUCGUGGGUCUCGUUUAUCUGUGACAAUUGUGAUCCAACAGACCGCAAGACGUUCCGCUGGACAGUCAACGCGCUCGAGUACGCCAUGACCAUGACGCGCGGCAACAACAUUCUCCACUUGACCAAGGGCGAGUUUGCCCUCCUUCGGUCGAAGGUUGCCAGCUGCAUGACCCUGCUCAUCAGCCAUUUUGACAUUCUUGGGGCGCGCUCAAGCAUUGAGGCGAAGAAGGAGGUCGAACGCCUCGAGGCUAGCCGUCGCUUGGCGCACAUGCAUGAGCUCAACGAUGAGGACGACUACCUCUUGCCCAGAACACCCUCGCCGUUGAGCGGCAACAAGAUGCAGGCCAACAUCGAUCGCUCGCUUCGGCUAGUGAGGGAGGACCGCCUCGCCAUGAUCAACGAACUCGACACACGCCUCGCAUCGCUGAGCGGCGAUCAGCACCUCAUCGGCCGUGUGCUCGAUGAGGAGGUCAGUGAGGACCGCGCGCUGGUAUUCCUCGCUGCCAGCUCGAGCAACAUUUCUCUGCGCUGGCAGCAGGGCGGCUACAUCGGUGGCGGUGCCAACGGCUCGGUUUACUUGGGCUUCAACCUCGACUCGGGCGGCAUAAUGGCCGUCAAGGAGAUUCGCGUUCAGGACAUAACCAAUUCACCCGCCUUAUACAAGCAAAUCAAGGACGAGGCGGACGUAAUGCAGAUGCUCAAGCACCCCAAUAUUGUCGACUACUACGGCAUCGAGGUGCAUCGUGACCGCGUGUACAUUUUCGAGGAAUAUUGCCCCGGAGGCUCGCUCGCCAACAUCUUGGAGCACGGACGAAUUGAAGACGAGGAGGUAACCAGCGUUUACGCGUUCCAGAUGCUCCAGGGCCUUGAAUACCUGCAUUCUAGAGGCGUCGAGCAUCGAGACGUCAAGCCUGACAAUAUUCUGCUGGGCACAAAUCAGGUCCUCAAGUAUGUCGACUUCGGCGCCGCCAAGGUCAUAAUAAAGGGCAACCGCACCAUGGCCAAGACACGUGCGCUCAACAGAGGCGGACAGGCUGGCGAGGGGCCUGCGGUGAUGAACUCGCUGGCCGGCACCCCAAUGUACCUCGCGCCCGAGGUUAUUAAGGGUGGUACUGGUCGUUUAGGCGCCUCGGACAUCUGGGCGAUGGGCUGCUGUGUCCUUGAGGUGGUCACGGGACGCAAGCCGUGGUCAAACCUCGACAACGAGUGGGCCAUUAUGUUCCACAUCGGUAUCGCGACGCAGCACCCGCCCCUGCCUGAACCGGGUCAGAUGAGUCCCGAGGGCAUUGAUUUCAUCCAGCAGUGCCUCACACUCGAUCCAAUGAAGCGUCCAACGGCCGAGGAGCUUUUCCUACAUCCUUGGCUGGCGCCGUUGAAGAAGCUGCGCGAGCAGGCGUUGGGUAGCUCGCCGACAGUCUCUACGAUGCCGUCCCAUUUGAGUAGUUUGAGCUACGACUCGCCAAGCGACUUCCUUUCUUUGGGACAAGACACACCGUCGCCCGCAGUAAGCGUAGACCAGCCUUACUAUCCGCCUGUUCACCAUUCCUCGCUGGUGUACCCAACGAAUGCCGACUCGGGCGUCACCCCUUCGCCUGCGCCCUCGACGCCUGCGGUCACUACCCCGGGCACACAGGUGCAGUCGUGGUCAGCAGACGGGCUGUUGGACGGUGGGCACGCGUAUGAGACCAAGGGGAGCCAUGCGGCGGCGCCUCCGCCCGUGACGAUAGUUUCGCCACCGUCGGCCGCGCAGACGCCUGACGGCAUCGCCGCCGAGUCACUCGCGAUCGACGACGCAGCGGCACGACUACCUGAACAUCCUGGGCUCCCUGCUGAGCGGACGGUGUCAGCGCCAGCCGUGACUGGGCUCCCAACAUCGAAGCGUGUUUUACCAAGCGUCAACUUUGCUCCGCGCGAGGAGUAAGCAGGAUCAAGUCGCAGCGCAUUGUCGAAUCUCAGCGAGUCUCAUAGGAUCACAUCACCACUAGCAGCUGGUAGUAUGUUUGUUUUUGCAGGGCUCUAUGUAUGUAACCUGUGCCGAAUCA